AUGUCCAACUUUGCCGCGAGUUCAAUUUUCAGCCUGGCCGGAGCCGUUGCGGUCGUCACCGGUGGAGGAACAGGCAUCGGUUUGAUGGCAGCCAAAGGGCUCGCCUCACAGGGAGCCAAAGUGUGUGAGUCUCCGACGCUUUGAGCAUAGUUCUUGGGGCAAGAGCUGACAUUUGGAUGUCUUGAUUGAUCACUAGACAUCACCGGUCGUCGAGUGGAGGUGUUGCAGAAUUCCGCAAAAGUUCAUGGCACUAAUCUGAGUGGAGGCGGCAGCAUCGUGCCGUGAGUUCGAGGGCCAGCCUCACCAUGUACGAGGUGCUGCCUCUCGUGUAGCUAAUGCACUCUCAUUGACACGGCAUUGCAUUUUCGACAUCAGCCUUCAAGCUGACGUCACAUCCAAGGAUGACCUGCGCGCUCUCGCUGCUCAAAUCGAGAAGGCUGACGGAAAGGUGCACGUGCUGAUCAAGUGAGCUGCGCCCUUGCAUACCACCCAGUCACAGACACGCUUGCUGACCUCAAACUUUCGCUUCGCCCCUGUACCGCAGCAAUGCAGGCGUCGAAGGUCCAGUUACACGGCUCGAAGACAAAGAAGCGCUGUCUGCGAAAGACCUCAGCGAAAAGCAUCUCGCCAACGAGGAGUUCGAGGUGCGUGUGCGCGUCGAGAGAUUUAGCAUGCUCGACGGCUGAAAAUGCUCCCUGGGUACGGACGCUUUAUUGCAGAAUUGGGACUCGACCUUCAAGCUCAACAACUCGGCCGUCUUCUUCGCUACUUUCGCCUUCUUACCUCUCCUCGAAGCAGGCAACAAGAGUCCUCCAUCCUCCGUGGGCAGCGGUGCGCCUUGGAGCGGCGCUGUGAUCAAUAUCACGUCCAUAUCGGGUCUGGUCAAGCUUUCGCAGUAUCAGUGAGUGGCCGCAUAGGCAGGUGAAGAUUCAUCGCAGGAUCUAGAUUCAUCGAUGCACUCAACGCAAUGCCCGCCUUCAGCUACGCGUACAACGCUUCCAAAGCCGCAGCCAAUCACCUCACCGCCAUGCUUUCGCACGAGCUGAACUUCGCAUCCAAGCUCAACAUCCGAGUCAAUGCGCUGGCUCCUGGUCUUUUCCCUUCUGAGAUGACCUCAGGGCGUCCUUCAAAGGACGGCUCAACUGAUCCAGGCGACCUUGCCAACCACGCAAACCCAGCUGGAAGAACGGGUACUGCCGAGGAGAUGGUGAGCCUUUGCCUAGCAAGGAUGACUACCGCGCCUAGCAAAAGCGUGUCCUGACCUCUUCAUUUGCAUCCAAUCCAGGGGUCUGCUGUGCUCUUUCUAGCUACCAACACCUUCACCAACGGUCAGAUCCUCGCAGUGGACGGUGGCUUCGUGGCAGCGGUUCCUUCCACUCGUUGA